AGCCCUCACGGACUCAGCGGGAACGCAACUCAAAGUCGCACGAUGCAUUCAGUCCUUUCUCUGAACUCCUCUGCCGGUCCUGAUCUCCCUCCUCAUCACUCCUCCAAUCUGCUCUUUCAUCUUAUAUUGGCAUGCCUCAGCUCCAGAGCGAACACGUACCACCUCGUCGCCCUCUGCAUCGCCUACUCCCUUCACCUCCCUCUCCUGGUCUUUGUUCUCUACCUGGGACUCAAACACCGGCGGGGGCAGAAGUCGAGCCACUCUGACGUCUUCACCUAUCACUCCAUCGCCAUGCAGCUGACUGAGUUCCUGGGUCUUGUGAUGCUUUGUUGUGGCAGAUACACAGACAACCUGCUGGUUAUGUAUUCAGGGAUGUUAAUCGGCAUGGUGACGUUACCUGGAAAGGCUUUGUUCCAUCUCCUGACCUGUGUGGAGCGCUAUCUGGCCGUCGUUCACCCCAUCGCCUACCUUGGACUGAGACAGGCCGGCAGGGCGAGGAUCGCCUACAUCAGCAUUGCAUGUGUUUGGCUUCUCAGCCUCGUCUGUGUGCCUGUAACUUUCCACAUCGAGUAUUUGGCCAUCAAUAUCGUGGCUUUCAUAUAUUUGGGAUUCUACUUAAUCAUAAUCUCCUACUGCAGUGUUUCGGUCCUCUGUGUUCUGAAGCGGCCUGGGCCUGGGGGAGUGGGUGGGAACAGGGACCAAUCAAAGCAGAGGGCUUUCUACACCAUCGUGGUUAUAAUGGGGGUGCUGAUGCUAAGGUUUGGGGGAAAUCUGAUUUACAAUGUGAUUUAUGUUCUUCAUGGUGCUGGUGACCAGUGUGUGUUGUUGACAUUUAUGUUCUGGUUAGAUAUGCCCAGCAACUUGGUGUUACCUCUGCUGUUUCUACACCGAGCAGGAAAAUUAAAGUUUAGGAAAUCAGGAUGACAGCUGAGACUGACUUCGGACUUCUAUCAGAUCCGUCUCUGAAUCCUCUGAAUGUUCUCAUUAAAGAGGAAGAGGCACUCAUUGUGGCUAACAGGAGCAAUAGUGUACUGUAACUCAUAUGAGAAAAAAACCCUGGAAUAUCCCUUUAAUGUUGUAUCAGAUUUCCAUUACAUAAUAUUGGAUAACUUUUGGAAUACUUAGAGGGAAAUGAUGAUGGAAAUGAUUCAGACACAAAGAUGUACAUGUUAUUAUAACACAGGUGAGCUGAGCUGAAUGACAAUAUUCAUUUGUGUACCAAACUCAUUGUAUUUGAAUAUUUUGAGUUUGUGUCACUUGUCUGUGUAAAUGAGCCAAGCUGUUAACGACUCAUUUACUUCCUUUUUUUUUAUAGAUCUUGGAUGUUAAUCAAAGUGUUUGGGUAGAUUUUAAACUAACUUGUGUCUUAUAAUACUCAGUAACUUCAUUGUACCCCAUGAUACUGUAUAAUGGUACCAAGGGAUAUAAGCAGGGACAUGAAAUGUUAAGUUUUAACACACUGUGUAUUAAGAUA